AUGUCGAAGGGGGGAGACCGCCAGGAACCCGUCACCAUUUAUAUACUUAGGAAGCUACAAAACCACACCACUGCCUCCUUUCGAACUUCUGAAUUCAACCAUCUACCAUUGAAUCGCACAAACUUCCCAAUACAAGAACCACCACCUCCUCCUAGGAACACCCUCGAAAAACCAUCCAACUUUCCCACAUCUACUACAAAGCCAUAUCCAUCAUGACUCGCGGAGAAGCAAACCAGGUCAAGGUCCACUACAAGGGCGCGGACGAGGACUUCGUCGUCUUCCUCGAUGACCAGAAGGCAUACCAGGACUGGAAGAAGGACAAGAGCAUCCCUCUGGCGCAUUUCGUGAGCUCGUUCAAGGUCUUCGUCACUCACAGACACGGCGCCCAAGGUACAUUUGACGGUGCCUCCCAUGCAACUCUCGAGAACGAAUUCGGCACCCAUGACGAGGAUGAAGUCAUCAAGCAAGUCCUAGAGAAAGGUAGCAUUCAAGAGUCCGAGUUUCCUGAAAGGGUCGGUACCAAGAACGAUAGUGUGCCCGCCCGCUUUGGUCACUAGAUGCGUAGGUUGAAAAAAAGGGGUUGAGCAAAAGAACAUGACGGAGGGAAUACUUGCAUUAUGUGCUUGGUUUGGCUGGCGAUGGGAUUCAGGGCGAUAUCAUGAGCGGUGACGAUGGGCGUUAGGUCUAGUAUGGAAACUAGUACCAGGUCCGUGUAAAAUAAAAAAACAGAGGUCAAAAUAACCUCUCCGGAGACAAACUCCCAUAUACACUGAUGCUGGUACUUAUUCCACUUCACUGGAGGCUGUGAGGUAGACUGAGUGGACUGUACUGGGGACUUCCCAGCCCAUCGAUAUCAUUGUACCGACCCUAAGUCUGUCGACCAUGGCAAGAAGAGGAAUCCACUUACAAUCAC